AUGAAGAAUUCGGGAAGGGAGGGUCAGCAGGAACACACGCCCAAUAUUAUAUUCAGGUCAGGUGCUAUACAAGUAUUUAGAAAUUUGAUACGACACGGACGCAAUGAGCGUGAUAAGCAUCACAAGGACACGCAUUUCGAGUCUGAUGAACCGGAAUCACCUCCUCAAGAGCAGCAGCCCCAACGAUCACAUAAAGACCCCAUGAACGAUAUGCUCUCACACGUACCAAAACGUAUGAAUCAAAACAACGCAUACGAAGAAGAGCAGAGGAAGCAUGCUCAUGCUCAGCAACAGAAGGAGCAGCGUGAGAAGAAUAGGGCUGAAGAAUACGCACGUGAAGCUGAAAUGAUCGUGGAGCAAGAAAGGAGGGAGAGAUCUAAGAUGCCUUCUUAUCCUGGUUUAGAGCAGUAUGAGAUUAUCGACAAAAUGGGUGACGGUGCAUUCUCAAACGUAUACAAGGCUUUGGACACAAAGAAUCAUCAGAAGGUCGCUAUCAAGGUCGUUAGAAAGUACGAGCUCUCCAGUCAUCAACGCUCAAACAUUCUUAAAGAAGUUCAAAUUAUGAGAGCUGUGAGGCAUGAAAACAUUAUCAAGCUUCUCACUUUCAUCGACUCAAAAGAGUAUUAUCACUUGGUGUUAGAACUUUCUGAAGGCGGUGAACUGUUUCAUCAGAUCGUUAAACUCACAUACUUUAGUGAGGAAUUGGCUAGACAUGUCAUCACUCAGGUUGCUGAUGGCAUUAGAUACCUUCACAAUGAAGCUGGUGUCGUUCAUCGUGAUAUUAAACCUGAAAAUAUUCUUUUUGAUAGGAUUGAAAUUUUUCCUUCAAAAACACCUCAAAAGAAGCCUUUCGAUGAGGAUAAGAUGGAUGAAGGUGAAUUUAAACCAGGCAUUGGUGGUGGUGAAAUCGGUAAAGUAAAAAUUGCAGACUUUGGUUUAUCCAAGGUUGUUUGGGAUCAGCAAACUAUGACACCGUGUGGAACUGUUGGUUACACUGCACCUGAGAUUGUAAAGGAUGAGAGAUACUCACAAUCUGUGGAUAUGUGGGCACUUGGAUGUGUUUUAUACACCAUAUUAUGUGGAUUCCCACCAUUCUACGAUGAGUCUAUACAGGUCUUGACAGAGAAAGUUGCUAGAGCGCAAUUCACAUUCCUUAGUCCAUGGUGGGAUGGAAUAUCUGACUCUUCAAAGGAUUUGAUAUCUCACUUGCUCUGUGUAGAUCCAAGGAAGCGUUACGAUAUUAAUGACUUCUUUGCACACCCAUGGAUGCAAGGUAGUUCGACUGGUAGAGCUGAAGAAAAGAGACCACCACCAACGCCACUUGAUUCACCAAUGUUUAGUGCAAUGGGAGGCAACAGAAAGGCAAUGCCAUCUCCUGGUGUUGCGCAACUGAAGGAAGCAUUCGAUGUGACAUAUGCGGUACACAGAGCCGAAGAAGAAGGACGUCGCAAAGGCAAACCAAGCGGAGGCGGUGGGUUCCUUGGCAGCCUGAAUGAAGAAGAGGAAGAAGAUGAAAGUCAGCAAAUGUCAGGACAUAUGUCAAAUCACCGUAAAGUAGCGGCUGUAAAUGCAGCUAGACAGAAGGAAGCUAUUAAGAAGACGCAAAGUAAGGAGCAAGAGAGGGAGAAGAAGCACACAGAAAAGUUGGGCGAUGGAAGGGCAGGACCACGCGACAGACAGCCAAGGAAGACAUUUGACUUGGAUUUGAGUGCAGCGACGCUGAUUGAUAAGAGGAAGAAGAAAGGGGCUGUAGAACCAGCUGUAGAGGCAUCGACAAAGCCACGGGAAUAA